AUGUCUACACAAUUUAGGAAGUCAAAUCAUAAUAGUCAUAGCAGUAAAAAACUAAAUCCUGCGCUAAAGUCCAAAAUAGACACGCUUACAGAAUUGUUCCCUGACUGGACGAGUGAUGAUUUAAUUGAUAUAGUUCAAGAAUAUGAUGAUUUGGAAACUAUAAUUGACAAAAUUACAUCCGGUGCAGUAACAAAAUGGGACGAAGUAAAGAAACCUGCUAAGAAGGAAAAACAUGAAAAAAAGGAACAACAACAUCCAUAUGUCCCUCAACAACAUUUGCCUAACCCUGAAGAUGAUAUUACAUACAAGAGCUCUAGUAAUAACAACCCUUCUACUUCUACAAAGCAUAAUACCAGUAACAAUUAUUCUCAGGUCAGAAAUAAGAAGAAGGUGCAAGCAACACGAGCUCAUACUACUGGAAAGCACGUCAAUAUCGACAAGGGAAAGCCCGUUCCUUCCAAGCCUGUCUCAAAUACUACAUCGUGGGCAGCAGCCGUUUCUGUAGAUACCAUCAGACAUGAUGUUCCUCAAGAUACAAAUACUAAUGAUAAUGAAGAAGAAUCAGAAGAAGAAGAAGAAGAAGAAGAAAAAGAACUUGAACAGAAGCAAGCACAGGAGCAAGAAGAACAGCAACUGCAAGAAGAACAGCAACUGCAAGUAGAACAAGAAAACAAAGAAGAACACAAGCAUACAGAACAACCUUCAUUAAUGUCAAAGAAGGCUUCUGAGCCAACUACCUCCCAACCAAAGAAGAUGUCAUGGGCUGCUAUUGCCACACCAAAACCAAAAGCUGUUAAAAAGACAGACUCUCCUUUGGAGAACGUUGAUGAAAUGAAGAAGGAAAUAAGUGAAAUUAAGAAGGAAGAACAAAAGGCGGAAUCUGGUCCAGAACAGGCCAACGAAACAGAGGCCGUUGAAAAGGAGGAGGAAGAUGAGGAGGAAGCCGAAAGAGCAGAAUUUUCCGAAGAAUCUAGUGAAGAAGAAGUCCCAGAAUUGAACGAAGAAGACGAAGAGGAUGAAGAGAAUGAAUUAGAAGAAGAAAAAGUAGUUUCUCCAGAGGAAAAUGUUGAAGUCAUUGAAGAAAGAGUUGAAGUUACUGCUGUCGUUCCAGAACCUUCGGGAGCUCAAGUAAAUACCGUUUCGCAACAAGAGCAACAGGAGCAACAGCAGCCUGUCCAACCACAAACUCAACAAGAACAACUAUCCCAAAACUACUACACUCAACAGCAACAACAACAAUACGCUCAGCAACAACAUCAACUACAACAACAAUACCUAUCCCAACAACAACAAUAUGCUCAGCAACAACAGCAACAGCAACAACAGCAACAACAACCUCAAUCACAAUCACAACAGCAACAACCUCAAUCACAACAACAAUCACAACAACAACAACAACCACAACCCCAAUCCCAACAAAGUCCACAAAGUCAAAAACAAGGAAACAAUGUUGCUGCCCAACAAUACUAUAUGUAUCAAAACCAAUUCCCUGGUUAUUCUUACCCAGGUAUGUUUGACUCUCAAGGAUACGCUUACGGUCAACAAUACCAACAGCUUGCUCAAAACAACGGCCAAACCACCGGUAAUGCUAAUCAAUAUAACUUCCAACAAGGUUAUGGUCAGACUGGCGCCAACACCGCCGCUACUGCUAACUUGACUAGUGCUGCCGCUGCCGCCGCCGCUGCUGCUGCCGCCGCUGCUUCCCCAGCCUCAGCUCAUGCUCAACCUCAACAACAACAACAGCAACAACCAUACGGCGGAUCUUUCAUGCCAUAUUAUGCUCACUUUUACCAACAAUCUUUCCCAUACGGUCAACCUCAAUAUGGAGUAGCUGGUCAAUAUCCAUAUCAAUUACCAAAGAAUAACUACAAUUACUACCAAACCCAAAAUGGCCAGGAGCAACAAAGUCCAAGCCAAGGUGUUGCACAACAUGCUGAAGAUGCCCAACAAAAGCAAUCGCAGCAACCACAACAACAGCAGCAACCACAAGCUCAAGCUCAACCACAACCAGAAGCUCAAAUACAGAAUGGUCAACCUGUCAACCCACAACAACAAAUGCAAUUCCAACAAUACUAUCAAUUCCAACAGCAGCAACAACAAGCCGCUGCUGCUGCCGCUGCUGCAGCACAACAAGGUGUUCCAUACGGUUACAACGGUUAUGAUUACAAUUCCAAGAAUUCAAGAGGUUUCUAUUGA